AUGCUGACAGUCGUGCUUCAGAAUGCAAACAUAGAAAUAAUUAAGACAAAACGAGGAAAAGAGCUUAUGAGCAGCGAAAUGCCGGAAACCAGAAGGCGCAGGAACUCCAGCGAGUACAGGCCAGACAUUCUGCACCAGUGCCUUCUUAUUCUCCUAGACUCGCCUCUGAACAAGUCUGGAAAGCUGCGCGUGCUUGUGGAGACCACGCAGAAGAAGGUGAUCACAAUAAACCCGCAGACCCGCAUCCCAAGAGUUUACAGCAGGUUUGCAGGCCUGAUUAUACAGCUUAUAGAGAGGCACCGGAUAUACUCCGAGGCCAGCAGAGUCGAGCUUAUGAAAGUUGAGAAAACCACGCUGGAAGGGAACCUCCCAAACAAAGCAACCCGCAUUGGGCUUUCCAAGGAGGGCGAGAACUUCUUUGAGUAUCUGCAGCAAAAGGAAGCUGCUCUUGGCAGGGCGCAGAAGGAAGGCGAAGAAAAGGCAGAGCCCGAAGAAAGCGAAAACGUUAUAUUUUACAUAAAUGCAGUCUCCUCGGGAGAAGACCCAACAGAGGGCAUGGACCAGAUUCUGUCUCUGUCCUCGUACGCGCUCUCCGCUGCAACAUGCUGCUCCAAAAUAUGCUCGCAGUUUGAAAGCAUGCUGGGCGUGUUCUAG